AUGCUGGGGGUGCAAAGUUGGGGUAGAAGGGACAAGGAUUGUAACAAUGUGGAAUCAGAUCACACAUCAGCAGAGCACAGUGAGAGCAGCAGACCAAGGGACGAGGACUGUAACGUGGAAUCAGAUCACACAUCAACGGAGCACAGCGAAAGCAGCAGACAAAGGGACGAGGACUGUAACGUGGAAUCAGAUCACACAUCAGCAGAGCACAGUGAGAGGAGCAGGCCAAGGGACGAGGACUGUAACGUGGAAUCAGAUCACACAUCAAGGGAGCACAGCGAGAGCAGUAGACCAAGGGACGAGGACUGUAACGUGGAAUCAGAUCACACAUCAACGGAGCACAGCGACAGCAGCAGACCAAGGGACGAGGACUGUAACGUGGAAUCAGAUCACACAUCAGCAGAGCACAGUGAGAGGAGCAGGCCAAGGGACGAGGACUGUAAUGUGGAAUCAGAUCACACAUCAAGGGAGCACAGCGAGAGCAGUAGACCAAGGGACGAGGACUGUAACGUGGAAUCAGAUCACACAUCAACGGAGCACAGCGACAGCAGCAGACCAAGGGACGAGGACUGUAACGUGGAAUCAGAUCACACAUCAACGGAGCACAGCGACAGCAGCAGACCAAGGGACGAGGACUGUAACGUGGAAUCAGAUCACACAUCAACGGAGCACAGCGAGAGCAGCAGACCAAGGGACGAGGACUCUAACGUGGAAUCAGAUCACACAUCAAGGGAGCACAGCUAG